AUGGCUGAAUUAGCAGCGGAGUAUUAUGAAAAAUUGUUUCAUAAGCCUGAAGUAGUUCGACCACACCCCUAUGUGGAUUCUCCAGCUAUAUUUUGGGAUAAUCACGAUGAAAAAAUCUCAGAAGUUACCAAGGAAAAUACAAGGAAAAGUGGUACAAUUUAUACUUUAGUUGGUACACCAUUUUAUUUAAGUUUAUGUACUGCAGCCGAUACAUUUUUGCCACAAACUUUUGUUAUUCAACGUACAUUAUUGAUGUUUAUCUACGCUAUUUUUAUUACAUGGAUAUUGCUAUUAAGUGCUAGUCGAGCUUUUUUGAAAUUUAUUGAAAAAGAUCAUCAAAUUGUUUUAUUAGCUGAUCAAUUUUUAAGAACUUAUAUUUGGGUAUUCGAAUGUUCAAUAAUUUUUGCAGCUACAAUUAGUCAAGAAUCAUUAACAGCUCAAACAAUUGCUUAUCGAACAACAUGGCUGUUGUUUAUGAUCUCGUUUGCGAGUGCAUUAAGUGCAAAUAUACGUUUAGGACAUUAUGUGGGCUCAAAUCAACCUCUAAAAGCUAAACAACUAAAAAAUUUAAUAUACAUUGCCACGCUACUUCCAUUAUUAGUAAAUGUGACAUUUAUACUUUCGCUCUUAAAUUGGAUUCCAUCGUUUUUCAUAUCAAACACACCGGAGUCAGCGCCGACGAUAUUAUUCUCAAAAAAACUAUUAUUAGUUGUCGCUUUGUACCAAAUUACCGAUGUUUAUGAGGUACUGCAAUUGGAUGGAAUGAUUAAAGCGUGUGGUCUACAACAGAAGGGUGCAAUUAUUGCAUUAACUGGAUUUUUUCUGAUCUGUGUACCACUGGCAGUAGUGCUUAUUUAUGUUGUCAAAAUUGAUAUUUAUGGUUAUUGGAUUGGUCUUAUAUGUGCUGCAUUUUUUAUAAAUAUAUCACUUUUUAUUUUAAUCCAACGUUUCGACUGGCAAUCAUAUGCAACUCAGGUUGCUGCUGCUGUUUCAUUAACUGCAUUGACACGUUACGGAACAAACAACCAAGAAGAAAUACCAGCAGAUAAAUCGCUAUUUGAACUUCUUAAAUGGAAACUAAUUUGUUUAAGUUUUUUAAUUAUAUUAUUCACUAUUAGCAUACUAGUUUCAAUACUCACUAAACUUUAUUAA